AAGAGGGAGGGGACAGAAAGGAGAGAGAUGAAGGAGGGGCAGCGCUGUGAUUUCUCAGUAAUCCUCUUGGCAUUUGUCAAAACCCGAGAGUAUAUUUGUGUGUGUAUAUGAGAGAGAGUGAGAGACAGAGACCAGGUGGAAUAAUAAGGCAUUAGGAGAGAGAGCAGGCAUGAGAGGGAGAGAUAGAGAGAGAGAGAGGAGCGGCAUCUUACAAGCACCAGUGAAGCGGCAAGCAGUAGAGGAACCAAGCGCCAUUCCUACUGGGGGGUGGGGGGGUUGAGCGAGUGAGGGAGGGAGUGUGGUACGCUCAGAGAGGAGAGAGGGAGCACGGAGGAGAGCCACAUCGAGGGGGACUGAGGGGCUGAGGGGCAGAGAGGAGCAGCGCUAGAAAGGGAGGGGACGCAGAGCAGGGAGGAAGAGGGAGAGUGGAGCGCGGACGCGGUGGCUAGGAGCCGGUCCUUGCCGCCUCGGCUGUGUAUGGGCGCGUCGCCCGGAACAGCGCGCGGGAAUCCAGCGGAGCGGGAGCGCUGAGCGUGUAAGUGGGUGGGAACGUCUCCCCGAGGCGCGUCAGGCCGGAGAUCCUCACACGCCCGAGUCCAGGGGGUCAGCAGAAGCUGCCGUGGGUCAAAUCGGGGGCACUUAGAUGAGGCAGCCAAAACGAGGAGCGGGAGGCACGAGAGAGAGGAGGUGUAACGCGGUGAGAGGCGUAUAGUGUCGCUCGGGGCGAGGAGGGUGGUGGGGGAGGUUCCACGUGGGGCAGAGUCGUGCGUUUCGGGCUGAGGGAGAGUGUCUGCCACAGGGGAGAGAGAAGGAGACGAGAAGGUCGAGAUUCCUGAAUUUCCACAUGUGGAGGCUGAGUGUGAAGGAGGGGAUCUGGGGUUGAUGCUGCAGAAGGGAGGGGGCACCAGGACUCAGCGCCGGAUCCGGUUUGGGGAGAUCACAUGACAACAGGGGAGCAGUGAGUCACACAAGAAGAGGUUCCAUCCACAGCCAGGGGUCAGAAAAGCCCAGACCAGCGGGUGGAGGUGUCUCUCCUCCUCUCUCUCUCUCGCUGUCCGUUCCGGGCACAAGAGCUUCACGGCAGGGGGCUCUAAGAAGAGUUCCCAGUCCAGCCCGUCACAGUCCAGUCCAGCUUCCCUUCUGUGGAUGCUUCCCGCGCUGAGCCAUGGGGGAAUGGACCAUCCUGGAGCGGCUGCUGGAGGCUGCGGUCCAGCAGCACUCCACCAUGAUCGGAAGGAUACUGCUGACGGUGGUGGUGAUUUUCCGCAUUCUGAUCGUGGCCAUCGUGGGCGAGACUGUCUACGAAGACGAGCAGGCCAUGUUCAUCUGCAACACCAUGCAACCGGGCUGCAACCAGGCCUGCUAUGACAAGGCCUUCCCCAUCUCGCACAUCCGCUACUGGGUCUUCCAGAUCAUCCUGGUGUGCACUCCCAGCCUCUGCUUCAUCACCUACUCUGUGCACCAGUCAGCGAAACAGCGUGACCGCCAAUACUCCUUCGUAUAUCCGCUGCUGGAGAAAGACUAUGGGCGUAGCGAGGGAGGCCGUAAAGUGCGUAAUAUCAACGGCAUCAUGGUCCACAACGCAGAGAGCGGGGGAAAGGAUGAGUCUGAGAGCCUGGAGGUGAAAGAGAUCCCCUACGUGCCACGAGCGCUGACCCACUUGAAGAAUGCCAAGGUGCGUCGGCAAGAGGGCAUCUCCCGCUUCUAUGUCAUCCAGGUGGUCUUCCGCAACGCCCUGGAGAUUGGCUUCCUGGCCGGUCAGUACUUCCUGUAUGGCUUCAACGUGCCGAGUAUUUUCGAGUGUGACCGUUACCCGUGCGUCAAGGAGGUGGAGUGCUAUGUGUCACGACCCACCGAGAAGACGGUCUUCCUCGUAUUCAUGUUUGCAGUCAGCGGCAUCUGUGUGGUGCUCAACCUGGCCGAGCUGCACCACAUGGGCUGGCGCAAGAUCAAAAGCGCCAUCCGGGGGGUCCAGGCCCGGCGCAAAUCUAUCGGCGAGUUGCGCAAAAAGGACCUGGCCCAUCUGUCCCAGGUGCCCAACAUGGGCAGGACCCAGUCCAGUGAGUCUGCCUAUGUCUAAAGCCAUUCAGAAUAUUGGGCUGAUAUAGGUCCUGUAUAGGUCCUGUAUAUGUCCUGUAUAGGGCCUGUAUAGGUCCUGUAUAUGUCCUGUAUAGGUCCUGUAUAUGUCCUGUAUAGGUCCUGUAUAGGUCCUUUCUUUCACACCUGUAAUCAACUAUGUAAUCAAGACAGAGGUAGAAUUUUGGACUAAAAUGAAAGAAAACAUUUGUUCUAAAUCCGUUCCACAAUUAUUUCCAAAAGUUUGUUAGGACCUUUGAAGAAGCGGAUUUUUUUUUUUAGAAGAUGGCCAAAUAAGGCAGAGAAGCUUAAGUGCAUAGCAAGGAA